AGUGUUUUGAUUUUGAAAAAAUUCAAAUCAAAACAAAAAUUAAACCAAAAAUACAAUUGAAAUAAACGUCGCGUUUGUUUGGCAACCGUUUAACCGUCGCUGAGAUAAUCAAAUUGAUCCCAAAUCGGUUGUCAACGCGUGCAUCCAUUGUGUCUCUACUGUAUCGAUGCGAUUGGGAAACACCUGAAGAAGUGGUGGAUAUGAUGGACAGCGGCGACGGCAGCGGUGGUCAGAGGGUGGAGAAGUCGCUGUCGUAUACCAUACACGCGGUGUCCAGUUAUGCGCAGAGCUAUCACCCGAACCGUAUAUUAGAAGACAAUCCGAACGACCCGUCGUCGCGAUGGUGCUCAGAGUCAGCGGUUCCGCCACAGGUCUGUCCACUC